AUGGACCGUAAAGAGGAUACGCCAGGUCCGGAGGCACCAGCGGCAUGCCCAAGCUCGUCCCGCUUGCUGGUUCCGCCAACCCGUCCUCCCAACUCUCGCAGAUUCAGCAUCCGGAUACGCCAUUCCGCAGCAUCUUUAACCGGAGAGCCCAUAGCGCGGACUACAAGCCUAAAUCCGGAGCCCGUGAAGCGUUCCGACGACGAUGUGGUUGCCUCGAGACGGAGAAGCAGUUCAGAGCCCCAACGUCCCAAUUUCGGCAACGAUGGGGCUGCUGAAUACAUGCCUAUGACAACGGUGGCGGAGGAAGGGCCAAGCAAAUACGCGCAGAUUGAAGCUGGGCGUGGAAGAUGGAGGUCUGCUAGCGCCUCGGCGAUGUCGUCGUUACGUCUCGCAAAAGCAGGCCAGGAAGGCGUGGGAAACGUGAAUGAUGGCAAAGAGUACGAUUCCAGGGUUGUCAAUUUACUUGACGUUGUUGGACGGUUUGUAAACCGCCAGCCGACCUACAAUCUGACACGACCUCGGAGUGACUCUGUGGAAUCAAUAAUAUCGGCUGUAUCUGAAGAAGAGGAGGAAACCUCUACUUCGGAUACGGAGGAGCCACCUAGAGCUAAGCGGACUGAAACAAUAACGUCAAACCUCAGUGUAUCACGUUUUGCUGUCCUGCCGGAGGGCACCACUCUAGACGGCUGGGAUCCGUCAGACAAGUGGGAAAUCAAUGACCAUGUCAGGCAUAUGUUACAUUCUCGGAGGUCCAAAUUUAAGCGCGGGAUGAAAGGGUUUUGGCAGUAUGUUCAGAAACGUGAGUAUACCAUCCUAAUACUUGAUUAUUGUAAGAUGGAGCUAAUAUAUAUAUUUUGGCUAGCUCUUGGAUUCCUUGUUACUUUAUAUGCAACAUUAAUUACCCUAUUUGGUCUUGCAUGGGUGUUAUUCUUGAUCGACAAUGUCCUUGUUGCUCUUUUUGCCAUCGUUGGCGACGGUCUAGCUCCAUUCAGAGCCAUUGAUACCUACCAUAUGAUUUACAUUGCCUACUACCAUCGAUUAACCUGGAGACUUCGCCGGAAACAAGAUCUACCAAAGCUCAAAAAUCCAAACGAUCUCCCGGAAGCACCAUUGGAAGAUGUUAUCAGAUCAGCUGCUAAAGAAAACGAGAUUGAUAUUGAAAUGGCAGCUAGAGACGUUAUGACUAACGAUAAGGAGGCUGAAUACUCAGUUUUGACCCCUGAGCAACAGAAGAAACUAACUCACCAUUCAAACAAGUUCUCCAAAUCCCAUACCUUUUAUAAGCCUCAUGAGACAACAACUCAUCAUGCCUUUCCUGUCCGGAUGCUCAUUGCCGUCGUUAUACUAUUGGAUUUCCACUCUAUUUUUCAAAUAACCCUAGGUGCAUGCACUUGGGGUAUUGAUUACCGAGUCCGCCCCACCGCUCUAACGACAACUAUCCUUUGCUUAUCCAUAUCCUGCAACAUAGCAUCUGGAAUUGUCAUUAUGAUCGGUGAUCGAAUGACGAGGAAGAAAGAGGUGAUUGAGAAGAUGUUGAGACAGCAGCUCACUCAGGAGGCAAUCAAGAAAGUUGAGAAAAAGAAAAAGAAGAAAGAGAAGAAGAAGCUGGAGGAAAAGGCUGCUGCGAACUGUAUACACGAAGAAGAUGAAAGGGAGGAUACGAUCGAAACCUCUGUUGAUAUUGAGAAACAUAAACCGCUGGCGGGAUGA